UAAUUACUACACAGUACUUAAACCUCAAAAUUCUCAACCAAAAAAGAAGCAUGGCAUCUCCACCAGACACGAGCAAAACCAUAAAACUAGAUCGUUACAACAGCUACCUCCGAAGGUUGAACAGCAACAAGCUCCUAAAUGCAUCCUCCAAGGUCUUCUUCCGCGCCACCUUCCUCGUUGCCCUAAUCCUCAUCUUCUUAUUCACACUCAACUACCCUCCACUCUCAACAACCGACACUAACAGUAACAACCACCUCUACGCCCACACCACAAACUUCCUCUCCUCCGCCUUCCACGGCGGAGGAGGCAGCGGCGCUUCAUGGGAGAAGCAAGUCCGCCUCUCCUCCACCCCCCGCCGCUCCAACGGCAUGUCGGUCCUCGUCACCGGCGCCGCCGGCUUCAUCGGAGCACACUGCUCCCUCGCCCUGAAGAAGCGCGGCGACGGCGUCCUCGGGUUCGACAACUUCAACAGCUACUACGACCCGUCGUUGAAGCGCGCAAGACAAGACCUUCUCUCGAAGCACCAAAUCUUCAUCGUCGAAGGAGACCUAAACGACGCGCCGUUGCUCACUAAACUCUUCGACGUCGUUUCGUUCACACAUAUUCUCCACUUAGCGGCACAAGCGGGAGUCCGUUACGCCAUGCAGAAUCCCCAAUCCUACGUGGCAUCCAACAUCGCCGGGUUCGUGAACCUUCUAGAAGUUUCGAAAAACGCGAACCCUCAACCGUCCAUCGUGUGGGCCUCAUCAAGCUCCGUCUACGGUCUCAACACGGAGAACCCAUUCUCGGAGCUCCACCGCACGGACCAGCCGGCGAGCCUCUACGCCGCCACGAAGAAAGCCGGCGAGGAAAUCGCACACACUUACAACCACAUCUACGGUCUCUCCCUCACAGGGUUGAGAUUCUUCACCGUGUACGGUCCAUGGGGGAGACCCGACAUGGCUUACUUCUUCUUCACGAAGGACAUCCUUCAGGGGAAGACCAUCGAUGUUUACCAGACGCAGGAGGAUAAGGAGGUGGCGCGUGACUUCACCUACAUCGAUGAUGUAGUCAAGGGAUGCCUCGGCGCACUCGACACGGCGGAGAAGAGCACCGGAAGCGGCGGGAAGAAGCGUGGACCGGCUCAGCUUAGGGUUUACAACCUCGGGAACACGUCGCCGGUGCCGGUGGGGAAGUUGGUUGCGAUUUUGGAAGGGUUGCUGCACGUGAGGGCCAAGAAGCACGUGAUCAAAAUGCCGCGAAACGGCGACGUUCCUUACACGCAUGCCAAUGUGAGCUUAGCUCACAGGGACUUUGGGUACAAACCAACCACCGACCUCGCCACUGGUCUCAGAAAGUUCGUCAAGUGGUAUGUUGGUUAUUAUGGGAUUCAGUUGGGGGCAAAAAAGGGAAAUCACGUCGGCAAUUCUUCUUAAUUAUUAAUCACAUGGUUUUUUUAUUUUUGUUGUGAAUUAUUAUCAUUUAUCAUUAUCUGUUUUUUUUUUUUUGGAUUGGAAAGGGUGGUGAAGUUAAUGUUGUGGUCCAUGUCAUGUGUGAAUGAAUGCAUGAAUGCAUGAAUGAUGGUGGAGGAAAGAAUGAAUAUACAUA